AUGCCGGCACGGGAGGGGGACACACGGACACGCCGGCGCUGCCGUCCUUCCUUCCUGGGUGUUUUCCGCUCGCUGCCCUCGCUGGAGAAGACGGUGGGGAAAUGUCUCAUCCUGCUCAAACCCCGCGCCAGCCGCCUCGUCGUGCAGCUCCACUGCAAGUACGGCGUCACCAAGACCCACAACCUGACCUUCCAGGAGUGCGAGCGGCUGCAGGCCGUCUUCGACACCCAGCGCUGCGCCAGCAGCCUCUGCGCCCCGGCACGGGUGCUAGCGGAGGCCGUGGUCCACUUCCCCCAGACGCUGGCUGAGGUGACGCUGGCAGCUGGCCCUGGGGGCAAGAUCAGCCUUCGGAACCACGUGGAGGACGAAGCAGAGCCAGGGAAAACGAUGGUGACGGAGCUGUGGCUGGCCGAGGACGAGUUUCAGAUGGCGGCCGUGGCCCCGGGCUCCCGCAUCACUUUCUGCCUCAAGGAGUUUCGGGGGCUGCUGACCUUCGCUGAGGCCUCCAACCUGCCCCUCACCGUCCACUACGACGUGCCUGGCAGGCCAGUGAUCUUCACCCUGGAAGACGCAGUGCUGGAGGUCCACCUGGUGCUGGCCACCCUCUCAGACCCAGAAAGCAACUUGCAGCCCCCCACGGCCAACGGUGUGUCCCACCUGCCUGCCCCAUCAGAUGACUUCGCCGAUGACCUCGAGUCCUACAUGAUUGCCAUGGAACCCAGCACCUAUGAGGAGGGCUCGGGGGUGCCUCCCAUCCCCACUUUCCCACUGUGCAUCCCGGAUCCAGCCGAAAGCGACACCGAGGAGGAAGAGGAGGAGGAGGAAAGAGCUGUGCUGGGGACCCCCCCUCACAAGAAGUUUCGCUCUCUGUUUUUUGGCUCGGUGUUGACGCCAGGGGGGCGCGGCCUGGCCCCCACCCUGGAGGUGCUGGCGGAGGACAGCGAUGGCGAGUACUGAGAGCCCUGAGGGUGC